CUUGGACAGCAACCACCAUCGAAACCAGCCAAGGCGUUGUAAGCACGCUGCAGGUGAGUGACUGCAAUGUCUUUCACUAACUUUUCUGGUAUCCAUUCGUCGGAUCCGGGCUUCUCUAUCCUUCCAGUCAAUACGCAUGUUGAAGAAUCUUUGAAAGAUGUUACUUUGCAAGCUUUCAAUCAGUUUGCUAAUGAAGAUGUUGAGAUGCAGGCACCUCUGUCGGAGAGCGGCGCAUUCGUAGUAGUGGACACGAACAUAUUGCUACAUGACUUCGAUGUUCUGGUUCAGUUCGUCGAAGACAUCGAAAGAGAAAAUGUUCCAGUAGUGAUUAUUAUCCCUGGUGUAGUCAUCCAGGAACUCGAUGGACUUAAACACAAUCCAUCAUUGAGGUGGUUCGCCAGACGAUCUUCUACUUGGCUGUUGAAGAAGGUCCAGGAAAGGCGAUCUGUGAAAGGACAAGCGACUGAGGAGACUCUUAGGCGAUCAGGCAACUGGAGGGUCACACUGCGGGAUGAGGUACGGAAAGAUGGUGACAGAAGCAACGAUGAGCUGAUCGUCGAUUGUUGCAAAUAUUUCGCUCUAAUCAACCGCACCGUCCUUUGGAGUGGCGAUAAGAAUCUUUGUUUUGACGUGCAUGCCGAAAAAACCAUCGGUGCAUUGUCUCCUGAUCGUCGUCAAUGGACAAGUCGCUAUCUUAUUGGUGUCAUUUUUGAAAACAGCGUGGACCUGAGCAAAUUCGCGUCUGAGAAACCUGCAUACAAAAGUGACACGCGUAUUGUGGAAGAAACGAGCCAGCUCCCAAGUCAUACACAGGACCCUGACGGUAUGGACAUUGACGAAGAGGGUGAUGAUGGUCUAGUCAUUAUCCGGACAGACGCACGCGAUCUCCUUCACGUCCAAGUCGUCAACCACUUUUCCAUGCUGCUGGCUCAGCUUGUCCUGCGCGUCGGGAGUGCAGAAAUACGUUCGUAUCAGACGCGCUCGGUGUCCAGAUAUGCACCUGAAUGGCAACAGAACAGGAAACCGAUUGCUGAUUGGAGUGUAUCUGAGCUGUUGGAGUACCUGGACGGCAAUAAAUGCCGCGCGGCCACGAACCCUAAGCUAGAGUGGUUCCUGCAGCUUCCCCCUAGCUAUCGACCAGACCCAAAAGCCAGUAAUUCGCGUGGCUCGCGAAGAGGACAAGACUGGUCGCGAACGGACUGGCUCAAUGCUCUUGGUGGUCUGAAGCAGAUUGGGAUCGACUGGGCAGACACUCCCAUCCAAGAAUCCCUAGCUAUGCUAGAGCGAGAAUUGUCAUUCGUAUUUUCGCAGGAGAUGGUGAUCAUAUGAAAAUAUCUGCUAUUCCGUUAUGUACAUUUGUUUUUCCUGUUUCACCGCUUGACCGCUAUUGUAUUCCUAUAUUUUUGAAGGGACUGCGGUUCGAGCGAGACUAUCAGCUGGUAUAUAUAUAUUGCGGCUAGAAACAAACUGGAUAAUGCUAGGUUUGCUCUGGGUAGCCUCGACGCAAUCAAUGUCAAUUCCUGGAUCUCAUUAAUAAAGAUGCUUAUGCUCCAUCGGGGCAAGGUACCCGUC